CGGGAAGGACUCGCACCGCCCAGCGACCGCCUCCCGCCAGGCGCCCUGGGGCGGGAGAGGUUUAGGCGGGUGGCGCUAGCUUUGGCCACUCGGCCGCUGGGCUCGUGCGGGGUUCUCUGGUUGCUGCUGCUGCUUCUGCAGCGAUCGCCCGUGCCGGUUGGGGGUCAGCUAGAAAGCGGAGCCGAGGCUGUCAGCUCGGGCGCAGCUGCCUCACCAACCUUCCUCCUCCGGGCACGGUCCGGUCCGGACCCCUCUGCUGGCCCCGAAGCCCACCCUGCCCCACCUUGCAGAGCAGAGAAGGAAAGAGAGCCCCAUGCCUGAGCCCAGGGGAGCAUCAUGGAUCUGACAAAGAUGGGUAUGAUCCAACUGCAGAACCCUAGCCACCCCACGGGGCUGCUGUGCAAGGCCAAUCAGAUGCGACUGGCCGGGACUUUGUGCGAUGUGGUCAUCAUGGUGGACAGUCAGGAGUUCCAUGCCCACCGGACGGUGCUAGCCUGCACCAGCAAGAUGUUUGAGAUCCUCUUCCACCGGAACAGCCAGCACUACACCCUGGACUUCCUCUCGCCGAAAACCUUCCAGCAGAUCCUCGAGUAUGCCUACACAGCCACACUGCAAGCCAAAGCAGAGGACCUGGAUGACCUGCUGUACGCAGCUGAGAUCCUAGAGAUCGAGUACCUGGAGGAGCAGUGCCUGAAGAUCCUGGAGACCAUCCAAGCAUCUGAUGACAAUGACACAGAAGCCACCAUGGCCGACGGUGGGGGCGAAGAAGAAGAGGACCGUAAGGCUCGAUACCUCAAGAACAUCUUCAUCUCGAAGCAUUCCGGUGAGGAGAGCGGCUAUGCCAAUGUGGCUGGACAGAGCCUCCCUGGGCCCAUGGUAGACCAGAGCCCCUCGGUCUCCACCUCUUUUGGUCUCUCAGCCAUGAGUCCUACCAAGGCAGCAGUGGACAGUUUGAUGACCAUAGGACAGUCACUCCUGCAAGGAGCUCUUCAGCCACCUGCAGGGCCUGAGGAACCCACACUGGCAGGUGGUGGGCGGCACCCUGGGGUGGCUGAGGUGCAUAUGGAGAUGAUGCAGGUAGAUGAAGCCCCCGGCCAGGACAGCCCUGGGGCAGCUGAGUCUAGCGUCUCAGGAGGGAUGGGGGACAAGCUUGAAGAGAGGAGCAAAGAGGGGCCUGGGACCCCCACUAGAGGCAGUGUCAUCACCAGUGCUAGGGAGCUGCACUAUGGGAGAGAGGAGAGUGGUGAGCAGCUCUCACCCCCUGUUGAAGCUGGCCAGGGACCCCCUGGACGACAGGAGUCCCUGGCACCACCAGUGGAGAAGCAUUUGGGCAUCUACUCAGUGUUGCCCAACCACAAGGCCGAUGCCGUGUUGAGCAUGCCGUCUUCAGUGACAUCUGGUCUCCAUGUGCAACCUGCCCUGGCAGUCUCCAUGGACUUCAGCACCUAUGGGGGUCUGCUGCCUCAGGGCUUCAUCCAGAGGGAGCUGUUCAGCAAGCUAGGUGAGCUGGCCGUGGGCAUGAAGGCGGAGAGCCGUCCUCUCGGGGAGCAGUGCAGUGUGUGUGGGGUCGAACUUCCGGACAACGAGGCCGUGGAGCAGCACAGGAAGCUGCACAGUGGGAUGAAGACAUACGGAUGCGAACUCUGUGGAAAACGGUUCCUGGAUAGUUUGCGACUGAGAAUGCAUUUACUGGCUCAUUCAGCGGGUGCCAAAGCCUUUGUAUGUGAUCAGUGUGGCGCCCAGUUCUCAAAGGAAGAUGCCCUGGAGACACACAGACAGACCCAUACUGGCACGGACAUGGCUGUCUUCUGUCUGCUGUGUGGGAAGCGCUUUCAGGCACAGAGUGCACUCCAGCAACACAUGGAGGUCCACGCAGGCGUGCGCAGCUAUAUCUGCAGCGAGUGCAACCGCACCUUCCCCAGCCACACGGCUCUCAAGCGCCACCUUCGCUCACAUACAGGUGACCACCCAUAUGAGUGUGAGUUCUGUGGCAGCUGCUUCCGGGAUGAGAGCACACUCAAGAGCCACAAGCGCAUCCACACAGGGGAGAAGCCCUAUGAGUGUAAUGGCUGUGGCAAGAAGUUCAGCCUCAAGCACCAGCUGGAGACGCACUACAGGGUUCACACAGGUGAGAAGCCCUUUGAGUGCAAACUCUGCCACCAGCGCUCCCGAGACUACUCGGCCAUGAUCAAGCACCUGAGAACACACAAUGGUGCCUCACCCUACCAAUGCACCAUCUGCACGGAAUACUGCCCCAGCCUCUCCUCCAUGCAGAAGCACAUGAAGGGCCACAAGCCGGAGGAGAUCCCGCCUGACUGGAGGAUAGAGAAGACAUACCUCUACCUGUGUUAUGUGUGAAUGGGGGACACACCCCUCCCCCCAACAUAUGGUAGAGCCAUGGCAGGAGCCAGCAAAGGCAAGCUAGAGCGAGACAAAGUGGAAAGACUGUGGAGAAAAGGAAUAACAGAAAAGAAAAGGGGAAAUAGAAAAGAGAAAAGGGGGGGAGUAAACUUGGUUGUUAUUUGGCCUUGGAUUAUUUCCUGGGGCUCCAGGUGACCUGACUGUCAAACCACUGGCCCUUCCUGGGGUCUCUGCCCUCCUUGGUUCUCUUGGGUGGGUGGGGUGGGUUUCACUCAUUCACACAGUGGCAUAUUUUUCUCCUCUCCACAACCUAGAACUUCCCUUUCUGUUCAGAAAUGGAAACCAGGAAGCAGAUGUGAGCGUCUCUGGUCAGAACUAUGGCCUCUGCCCUUAUGCCUCCUUUCCCUUUCUCUGAAGAGGAUGGGAGGGGAACAGAGAGGGGAAGCAGAGAUGGUAGAGGGGUCCCCGGCUGAUACUCAGAGUGGCACCUCUGGCAUAAUGGGGAUAGUGUGGGAAGGGAAAGGCUUUCUACUCUGCACAGCUACAGCGGUGCCCCUCACAGUCUCCGAGAGUCCCCUGGCUCUCCUCACCCUUCAGCUUCUUGUACCUGCUUUUGAUGUCUGAUCUCUGGUCACAAGGGGCUUACACCCUCUGUGGAUCUGGACUGUAUCUUCCUUAGGUCCCUCCUAGGGAAAGCUGUGUCAGAUUCCAAAACCCCUUCCUUCCUUCCUUCCUUCCUUCCUUCCUUCCUUCCUUCCUUCCUUCCUUCCUUUCUUCCUUCCUUUCCUCCCUCAGCUUUCAGAGAACACAGAAAAAAAUAAAGCAGGCGUUGUACCCCAGCCAAACUCCCUCACGAGCAAGAUUCCUGCUGAGCUGCUCUCUGCUUGCAAAUGGAAACAAAAUCAAACAAAAACCAACUUAAAUAUAUUCCAUCCCACCCUCCAAACAAGUGCACAUCCCUGCAACCCCAGCUUAGCCCCUAGGGAAAGGAAUCCCAUCAUCCUAUGGAAAGGUCCCAUUGCCCCAGAGAAGGAGCGGAUGCCCUGCCUGAACGGAGUGGGAGGACUGACCACUGGGAGGACAUUGCUCUUCCUGAGGAUCCUCUAAGCACAAGGAGAACCCUAGCUCUGGAGAUUAGCACCAAAAUUCCUGGCUCAGGGUGGAAGUGGUGGGGCUGCCCCCAGGGAGCUGGAGGGGAGGAGCUGAUGACGCUUUGGCCCCCUUGUUAUGUUCGCUUUUAGCACAUUGUACUUGAAUUACCUCAGUUUCAUUUUUUGUGACCUCAUGAGCUUUUGAAUCUUCUAUCUCCUCCUCCCCCCACCCUUGGAUAGUGGGGAAUAUUUGGAGGAACAGGAAGGGUGUGAUUUUCUGUUGUGGCGUAAGUUAAUAGUUGGCUUUGAACUUGACCUGGUAGAGGCCCUCUGGGUCUUCUGGCUGGAAACUGUAGGGAAAAGUGGACCACUCAGGAUCUGAAUGGAGGCCAGGAGGGCUGAGAAGGUGGUGGGAGUGGAGAGGAGGAUGAUUGGGUUCUCACCGUGUUUCCCUGUAGUGUCACUAGUCCGUCGUGCACCACCCAGGGCUCAGAUCGUCAGUGAGCACCCAGCAUUAGUUCAGCCUGAAACACUCUGGAGAAAGGUCCCACUGGUCUUAGAAUUAUCUGGGCCGUUUAGGUUCCAGACGGCCUGUACAACCACGUGGUCUCCUCCUGCUGUUAACCCUGCCAGAAUUGGUUACGUUUUCAUGGCUGGUUGUGUGCAUGAGGGGCAGACGAGCCAGGUUUUGUUGUACUGGGUGGGGUAAUGUUUUCCUAAAAGCUACCUCUUCUUUUUGUCCAGUCUUUGGUUCCUUCUGCAGUUCUGUCUCCUCUGCCUCCUCCAGCCUCCCCGCCCUGAAUUUUUGGAAAGCACAUUUGCAAUCAUCCCCUUUGCUUUGGGAUGGGACUCCCCCUCCCCGCUUCAUUUCGUGCUUUACGUUAGGACACCUUUGUUUUUUUCCCUUUCCUUGUCUUCUUUCUCUGAGAGAGUAGUGGCUGUGUUUUGACCUUAGGUUUUAAAAAGUGGUUUAGGAAAGCUCUUGGCAGGGGCAAAGGGCUGGCAGAAAAUGACGGAAAGUCUGAGGAAUGGGCUCUGCGGUAGCCACGCCCUAUUCCUCAGCCACGCCCCCAUCCCGCCCAUUUUCCCCCUACAAUUUCAUCCUUCGUUUUUAUCUGAAGGCCUUAAAAAAAAAAGAAAGGAAGAAAGAAAGAAAGAAAGAAAGAAAGAAAGAAAGAAAGAAAGAAAGAAAAAGAAAGAAAGAAAAAAGGAACAAAACCACGUGUUGGGAGGAUUUGGGUUGGGGGCGCUUGACUGGUGCAGACCGGACUAUUUUGGAACAGUAGAGAUGACUUUUAGUGCAUUAGGAAGUAAAAAAAAAACAAAACAAAACAACAACAAAAAAAAACCAAAACAACUUUAAGCUUGAAAUAUGUGACCAGAACAGCUGUCGUGCUUAUAAUGUGAAGAGAGAAUCUUCCAGAGGAGAGUGGUCUUUAAAAGUCAUUAGGCACUGUGGCUUCUUCCCCUGACCAGGCGGAUAAAGUGUGAACAGCUCACCUUCAGGGAUCUGUAAAUCCCAGAGAACAGUAUUUUUAACAGUAAGGUGUCCAUUCAGGAUGGGUGACAAGAGGAAAACCAUUCAACUACUCCAUAGAACUGGCUGGUCCCUUGCUCCCCAGCCCUUCCCACUCAGCCUGUGCCCCGACCCCUGCCCGAUCAUAAACGCUUGAGAGGGCUGAGCUGACCUUUGCAAACUGUAAUAUUUUUGUAGUAUCUGCUAGUUCUAUAGGACUUUGCUCUUUCCUUUUGUAAUGUGAAUGGUGGGAGGAGAUUUAAAAAGAAAAAAAGUAAAAAAAAUAAUAAUAAUAAGUUCACGGCCAUCAACAGCAAAGUCUGUGUGCGUGUGCACUUGUGUGUAUGUGUGUUUUAUGUCGUGUGUGUGUGUGUGUGUGUGUGUGUGUGUGUGUGUGUGUGUGUGUCUGGAGGUGAAGUCAGGAGUUACUGUCUGUGCUGCUGUCUCAAUGUUGGUUGGUACUCAGCCUGCCCUGUCUGCCCCUAAGGGCUCUGGGAUCCUAGUGGAGGCAGGGACAGCUUAGAAGGGACCUUCCUUCUGUUUCCCUUGGAGCCAAAACACCUCCCCAGCCCCUGUGUUCCACCAUGCCUUUCCCCCAGCUUCCCAUUCAGAAAAAGGAAAUAGUUUUGAAGUUGACAGGGCCUUCUCUGCUGGGCUUGAUGGCCUCUGGGCAGGUAGGAAGUUGUCGGGAGCCUUCAGGAGCCUGGAGCUGAGGAGGCUAGAAGGGUGGAGGCACUUUCUUUCCCAGGGUAGCUUAAACCAUAUUUGUGCCACUCCUCUUUGAGACUUCUGGAUGGUCACCUCUGCCUUUGGCUGUGUUGUUAACAGAACCCGGGAACCCCCGACUUGCUGCUGCCUUAUCUAGUUCAGUGACCUUCUGCCCACCUAGCAAAUCCAAGCUGCUCACCGGUCCCUCCCCCUACCCAGCUUCUACGAAUGAAUCCCUCCAUGCUUCUGAGCACACUGACUGCCCCCCACCCCUCGGUGCUUCUCCCCUGCUCGCUCCUUUGCUCAUUUAAAGCAUUAAAAUCCUAUUUGUACAUAGGAUAGACAAAUAUAUAUAUAUAUUAUAUAUAUAGAAAGAGAUAUAGCAAGAGAGAUAUAAGAUAGAGAAAUGUCAUUGCUGCUUGGUUGCUUUACAUGGAGAAGAGGAAGGCAGAUCUGGGGUACGAGGGGUGGGUUGGAAGACUGGGGGAACCCAGUGAUUCAGUACAAUCCAGGGAUGCCACGCGGGCUUAUUUAAAUCUUUGUGCCUGAACAGUUUUUCCAUGUUGAGGGAAAAAAAAAAAACUGCUUCUGAGUUUUACGAGUGUAUGGUAUGCUGCCAGGUACAGUGGGUGCAGCUGGGAUGGGAGGACCAGGGUCCCUUAGAGGAGAGAACAGGAAGCACUUUCAGUCCGGGGCCAUGGUGGGGGAAGUGGAGCGGGUGGACUUUUGGCCGGUCCCCUAGCCAGCCAGACUAGGGUGGAUGCCGGCGACACCCACGUGAGAACUGGGGUUCUGUUGGUUUAUUUUUCCCUUCUGCUCGCUCUCUCACCCCCCCCCCCCAAUCCAGCCUUGUCCUCUCCUGGAACUUCUGACCUGGCUACUGUGGCUGCACUUAACCCAGAGGUUCCCAGAGGAGGACAAACAGCAGAACUAACGGGUGGAGGAGGAUGGAUAAAAGAGAGAUGCCCAAGAAGAAGGGUUCCGGACAAACAGAAUAGAUGGGGUCAGGGGAAAGAGUGAGGAGAAGGGAGGAAAAACCCCAGCAAGCCUGCCUGCCAGCAGCUCUGAGUCCUCGGCUCCUGGGUGGCCCACUUUGCAGACAGGGUCCCUCCUCCCCGAGUGUAUCAUAGUACUUGUUCACAUAGUGUCAUGCAUGAAUCCUCGUAAGGUGAAGAACCGUCAUGAUGCACCAUGCCAUCGCCCUAUAUAUAAAGAUAAAAAUUAUAUAUAUAUAUGUAUAUGUAUGUAAGUUAUAGCACUGAGGGCCCUCUGGCCCUGCUGGACCAAGCAAAACUAAGCCUUUUGGUUUGGGUGUCAUGUUUCUUUUUUUUUUUUUUUUUUUUUUUUGCUUGUCUGAUGUGCGAGCACAGGUGCCAGUCCAAUUGCUUCGUAUCACGGAAUAGUGUUUUAAAUUCAUCAAUGUUCUAGUUAAUGUCUACCUCAGCACCUCCUCUUAGCCUAAUUCUAGGAGGUUGCCCAAUUUUGUUUCUUCAAUUUUAUUGGUUCUUUUGGUUGUUGUACAAAUCACUCUUCCCACCCUUGACUCCUCCCUCUUUCACCUCUCUCUUGUCUCUCCCCUCACCCUCUCCUUUCCUCACAUCCGGCCUCCUUCCAGUUAGCCCCAUCCCCCCCCCCCUUUGCCUUCACUUUCCUCUAGUCCAGAUUGCUUUCUGUCCACUUGGAAGUGUGCUCCCCACCCCGUUGCCGCUUACCCACACCUGCCUUCGUUCUGUGUAGAUUGACGCGUUUCUUUGUAACUUCAGUGUUUCUGACAAGACUUUAAAAAAAAAAAAAGGAAAAAAAAUGAAUUUACUGCUGCAGGUUUUUUUCUCCAUGUGUCACUAAGUGAAGUUUGUGCCUUCUAUAGCAAAGAGAAUAUUUUUUACAUCCUACUAACAGUAGAUUUUUUUGUAGUGAACAUUUUUUGUAUUUUUAUUUAUAAGUCUCAUAAGAAAAAUAGCGAUGUUCAGUUGUAUACCUUGAAUCUGCAGUUAGAAGAGAAUAAAGUUAAUUCAGUUGUCUCUGG